UCCACACAAGCAGUCCCAACUUUGGGCUGCUUGACACUGCCUCCCUUCCAUUCAGCUUGCAAGUGGCUGCCUGUCAAUCCCGCGUCAUCCAAUCUUUGACUUCAAGCUUAGCUCCCCAUCAUCACGCGUUUUGGGUUCUCUGGUUGCCCUCCUAAUUUCACUUUCUUCCAUCCACCGCUCGAGCCACUCUUUUCACCGAACGAGUCGUCUUUAAUUCUCGUCACUUAUAACGCUAGUGCCGCACUGCACGCCGUGAAUGCCGCGACCUGCCGGUAAAUUCCCGACUUCCCUUCGCCAACUGGCGCGUCACCGCAGCCAUGGCGGUUCGAUCACCGUGGCGUCGCGCGAUGCUGCCCGUGGUGGCUCUCCUGGUCUCCUCAAUCACCCUCGCCCUCUCCCUCCAAGUCCCCAACCGUGCACCAGCGGUUUCUUCCCUCUACGUGAUUCAGUUGCGCUCCGCGCCGGCCGUCGCCGUUUAUAACGGCGGGAUUCCCGGAUUCCCCGGCACUGCCGCCGUCCGCCACGCCGCAUCUCACGCCGCCAAUGCCGCCGCCACUGCCGCCGGCCGCCUGUUUCCGCGCCGGCCGCGGGUGAACUUGAGGAUGCCGCACGUGCGCGCGUUUGCGGAGAUGCUUAGGCAGCAGCAGCGGAGGGUGGCGCGCGAUACGGGGAUUGCUGCGAGCCGCCUAAUGUACAGCUACACGCACGUGGCGAACGGGUUCGCGGCGGAGCUGACGGCGCGCGAGGUGUGGCGGAUGCGGCGGCAUCCCGCCGUGGGCAGCGUGACGCGCAGCGGGCGCUUCCGCCUGCUGACCACCGCGUCGCCCGCGUUCCUGCAGCUGCCGCCGUCGCUGUGGGCCGCCGCGGGCGGGCAGAGCAGCGCCGGGGAGGACGUGGUGGUGGGGAUCGUCGACACCGGCAUCUGGCCCGAACACAAAUCCUUCGCCAACGACACUUCCUCCGCUUCCUCCAGCUACGGCCCGGCGCCGGCGGGGUGGCAGGGGUCGUGCAUGAAGACCAAGGACUUCCCCGCGGCGGCGUGCAACGGCAAGGUGGUGGGCGCGCAGGUGUUCUACUCGGGCUUUAAGCGCGACUCGCGCGACCGCAUGGACUUCUCCAAGGACUGGCUCUCGCCGCGCGACGCCGACGGCCACGGCACCUGGUGCUCGGGUGCAGCGGCAGGGAACGGCAACGUGCAGACGCAGACGCUGGGCCCGAUCAGCGGCAUAGCGCCGCGCGCGCGCUUGGCGAUGUACAAGGUGUUUUGGAAGGAGCGCGGUGGGUACAUGUACGCCACGUACGCGGACAUCUUCGCUGCCGUGAACCGCGCCGUGGCGGACGGCGUGGACGUGCUGAGCCUGUCGCUGGGUGGGUCGGACGACUCCGCGACGUACUUUGACGACUCCAGCUUCAUCAAUGUCAACACGGCGGGGGUGGUGGUGGCCUUUGCAGCAGGCAACGCCGCCAGUCCGUGGAGAGUGGGCAUGGGGUACCGCACACUGGAUAACUUCUCACCGUGGUACAUCACCGUGGGCGCCAGCACCAUCAGCCGAUUCUCAACAUUGACGCCAGCGUCAGUAUCAUCAUCAUCACCUUCCCUCCCAAGGGGCCUUCAAGAAACCUCCAACUCCUCCUCCGCCGCAUCCACUACCCCCGACUCCAUCCACGCUGACCCCUCGGCCACGGCAGUGCGCCCAUCAGAAUCAUCAGGGUCGCCCUCCGAAGCACCCGUGGUGGCAGGCUUCUCCUCCACGGGCCCUCUCGUCGCCCCCAUCUACAACCCCGCCGCCCCCAAGCCCACCAACGACAUCCUCAAGCCCGACAUCAUCGCCCCGGGGGUUUCCCUCUGGGCGGCUACUGUGUCGCCUUCCCUGACCGACACCACCAGUCGGUACGCCCGCCUCUCGGGAACUUCCAUGGCCACACCUCACAUCGCGGGGAUUGCUGCGCUGCUCGUGCAGCGAAACCCCGAGUGGAGCCCCUCCCAGAUUGGAUCCGCAAUGAUGACAACUGCUACAGUGCGGAAUAACAAGGGCUCGCUGAUCCGAAAUUCGAACGGGAAUGUUGCGACGCCGUGGGAGACAGGCGCGGGCCACGUGAAUCCGAUGAAGCUUCUAGAUCCCGGGCUGACGUAUGAUGCCAACGAGGCGGAUUUCCGGAAUUUUCUCGCCGGGCAGGCACUGACGCGAGCGAAGAGAUUGUUCCGCGGAGCCAGCUUGAAGUCCAUCAAGGCGUAUAACCUCAAUAGGCCUACAAUCUCUGUAGGAAGGCUUUCUGGUACAGUAACCGUUUCUCGGCGCGUUACAAAUGUGGCUUACACAGCAUCAACAUAUACAGCGGCCGUCACUAGUAUGGACGGGGUCCUGGUUACAGUAAAACCACCCAAGUUUACUGUAGAGCCUGGGGCAACAGUGAGUUACAAUGUUACUCUGACUGCUCUGCGAUCGGGGCUAACUUUCUCAUACGGCAGCAUCACAUGGACAGACGAGCUGGGGCACUCUGUCAGGUCAACGCUAGCUGUGCAGCCAAUUAAGAGAUGAGCAGGUGGGGGGUGGGAGCUGGGGAGGAGGGUAGGAGGGCAGAGGAGUGGUGGAAUGGUGAUGGUGAGGACGGGAUGGGGAGCAGCCCUCUCAGCUGCUGCUAUGUGCUGCUAUGGUAGUUCGUUUCUACCCGAAUGGAGGUUGUGCAUGACCGGGCAGAAGAAGGCAGAGGCUCUAGUGGGCUGGUACAUCCUCGAUUUGUGUUGCGCCACUUGUAUACCCAUUGCUGCCAGAUGGUCACAGGCUUCGUGACCAGGGCCCCAAAUUGGUGUAGAGGCACCCUUGGGAAUCAGGGUACUGCAAUGUUAGAAAGAGAGUGAAUGGACUAGUGUGAGAAACCUAGAACAUGUACCUGUUGGGGUUGUACUCAAUAGAAGCACACACCUAGG